GAGCAGGCUCGGGCCGAGCCGGGCGCCCAGACCCGCCGCCCGGCGCGCCGCCCUCGCCCCCCGCCCGCGCCCCCCGCCCGCCCAUGCGCCGCCCGCCCCCCGGCCGCGCUCGCCCCGGCAGGCUGAGCGCGGCGCCCGCGGCGCCCGGGUGGGCCCGGCCCGCGCUGCCCUCGACAGCCGCAAGUUUGGGAGUUGCACUAGUUUGCGGGGUGCGCGAGAGGCCGGCAGCGCCGCCAUGGACGAGGAGCGGGGGUCGGCGCUGGCGGCCGAGUCGGCGCUGGAGAAGAACGUGGCCGAGCUGACCGUCACGGACGUGUACGCCAUCGCGUCGCUCGUGGGCCAGGAGUUCGAGCGGGUCAUCGACCAGCACGGCUUCGAGGCCAUCGCGCGCCUCGUGCCCAAGGUCGUGCGCGUCCUGGAGAUCCUGGAGGUGCUGGUCAGCCGCCACCACGUCGCGCCCGAGCUGGACGAGCUGCGCCUGGAGCUGGACCGCCUGCGCCUGGAGAGGAUGGACCGCAUCGAGAAGGAGCGCAAGCAUCGGAAGGAGCUGGAGCUGGUGGAGGACGUGUGGCGCGGGGAGGCGCAGGACCUCCUCUCCCAGAUAGCGCAGCUGCAGGAGGAGAACAAGCAGCUCAUGACCAACCUGUCCCACAAGGACGUCAGCUUCUCCGAGGAGGAGUUCCAGAAGCACGAAGGCAUGUCAGAGCGGGAGCGGCAGGUGAUGAAAAAGCUGAAGGAGGUGGUGGACAAGCAGCGUGACGAGAUCCGUGCCAAGGACAGGGAGCUCGGCCUGAAAAAUGAGGACGUCGAGGCUCUGCAGCAGCAACAGACACGGCUGAUGAAGAUCAACCAUGACCUUCGGCACCGCGUCACAGUGGUGGAGGCCCAAGGGAAGGCCUUGAUUGAGCAGAAGGUGGAGCUGGAAGCAGAUCUGCAGACCAAGGAGCAAGAGAUGGGCAACCUGCGGUCAGAGCUCGGGAAGCUGCGAGAGAGGCUGCAGGGCGAGCUCAGCCAGAAUGGGGAGGAGGAGCCCGAGAUGGAGCCAGUUGGCGAGGAGUGCGUCUCAGACGCGGAGAAGGUGGCCCUGGAUCUCAAGGACCCCAACCGCCCCCGGUUCACCCUGCAGGAGCUGCGGGACGUGCUGCACGAGAGGAACGAGCUCAAGUCCAAGGUGUUCCUGCUGCAGGAGGAGCUGGCCUACUACAAGAGUGAAGAAAUGGAAGAGGAAAAUCGGAUACCCCAGCCCCCACCCAUUGCAUACCCAAGAACGUCCCCCCAGCCAGAGUCUGGCAUCAAGCGACUGAUCUUUACCGCCAUAAUGCCCAUGGUAGCUGCUGGACUGAUAAUAGAUGACCCCACCCUGCAGCCUGCCCGACGACUUGUUUCCCUUGUUUAGCUUCUUCUCCCGAGAUAAGAGGCGCGUGGCCAACACACAGAGAAACACGCACAUCCAGGAGUCCUUUGGACAGUGGGCCAACCCCCACCGCGAUGAUGGCUACACAGAACAAGGACAGGAAGCCCUGCAGCACCUGUGACCUUGGUCUCCACACUCCGACCUGGACUGUCUACUGCCAGCACCUGCAGCUGAACCUGCAGCCCAGGGGACGCUGCCUCACACCUCUCGGUGCAGUUGCACCCUCGAAACUGACCCCUCAAACAGACUGUCUGCUUUGAGGAUGGAUGUUGAAAAACUGAUGCCAAACUCUAAAGAAAUGUUUAUUUAUACCCAGGGUUAUCACCGUUUAUAAUAGAUGACUCUGAUCCCUUAGGAUAUAUAUUUAAUAAUCCCAUGUACUGAGGCCAGACUUUUGCAUUAACUUCAGUAAGACAAGCUUCUUCAAGCCAAAUACAUCACUUGCCACUGUAAAUUGCUAUUUGACUGGCUUUGUAUAAAAUUCUAUGUGUAGAGGUUUUAUUAUCACAUUUGACAUAUUUCCGUGGAAGGCAGGGAAGGGGUAGCUUUUCAUUAGUUACGUUCAUGGAAUUGUGAUGGCAGUAGCAAAUUAUAUAGACGGUAUCGAUUGGGCAGGCAGGGCCUCUGAAGACACAGGAUGAGCUGCUGGCCCAACUCAGACACAAAGAAAGCAACAGAAAGUAUGGGUGACAGUCCUCCCACCCAGGGAACGGAGACAACUUUGCAAGAGCCCUUGGUUUGGGAAAACUCCUCGGAUAAUGCCUAGAGCAUGUAGCAAUGUCCAAGGCAGUGUGCCUUGGAAUCUGCUUGAGUGAUGCAGUACUAACCUAACAAAGUUGCUAAGGAUGAGACACUGCAA